GCACCAUGGCUGGCGAUAUCCCCCGCCGUAAAAGACGGGGCGGUGCUCCGUCGGCUGCACAGAACCGAGGAAUGGCUUGCCCCCGUCCGGCUGAUGCCAGCGCGGACUCGAUCCUCGCUGCUCUUCGACUGCUCCCAUCAACCUCAACAGGAUCCACAGCCAAUGAUUCUGCCUAUCCGAACUGUAGCUGCUAUGACAUGGAACAGCUCAUAACCAAACAAUUCGAUGUCUUUCUAUAUUGUGAACCAUUUCCUUUCUAUCAUCCGAUCUACACACAAGUCAUCUACAUAUUAUUAUUCUCUACUACUAUAUUACUUGCGCUGAUUGGAAAUUUUACUGUUAUAUGGAUUGUGUUACGACAUGAGCAGAUGCGAACGGUAACGAAUUGCUACCUCUUAAACUUGGCCGUUGCCGAUGCUUCAAUAUCAAUACUCAACACGGGAUUUUCAUGGUCAUACAAUUUUUACUACGUGUGGAAGCUAGGCUCAUUCUACUGUCGCUUUAACAACAUGAUGGGAAUUACGCCAAUAUGUGCUAGUGUAUUUACUAUGAUAGUGAUGAGCAUUGACAGGUACUGGGCCAUUGUGCAUCCAAUGCGAAGACGUCCUGGAAAACAUGCUACGGUGGCAGUUAUUUGCCUUAUAUGGAUACUUGCCAUAAUUUGUGGUAUACCAGCUUUUCUUGCGUCCAAGCUGGAGCUGAACUACUUCUAUGACGGGGAGACGCUUUUCGCAGACACACUAUGUUUAUCGGACAAUUAUCCGGAUGGUAAUUCUCAAACUUCAACGUUUGGUGCCUUAUAUAAUAAUGGCCUUAUCGCAGUGCAAUAUUUGCUACCACUGAUGGUACUCACAUGUGCCUACUAUCGCGUCGGGGUAGUAUUACGAAGGGAUCAAGCCGUCGGUGACUCGCGACAUGCGAAGUCUAUAGCGGCGAAAAGGAAGGCUGCAUUUAUGCUAGCUUUGGUGGUUUUCAUAUUUAUGGUGGUUUGGCUGCCAUACAAUGCCUAUUUUCUGCUCAGCAGCAUACUGCCUCUUCCAGAGAACAGAAAGACUGGUCUUUACAUCUACAUUAACAUCUAUUGGUUGGGAAUGUCAUCCACCGUCUUCAAUCCUAUAAUCUACUAUUUCAUGAACAGGAGAUUUCGAGUCGGGUUCCGGCAUGUGUUUCGAUGGUUGCCGUGGCUGAAAUCCAGCCGAGAAGAAUAUUUGUCAGUUUUAUCCACAACUGGACGACAUUAUACGCCCAGUGCUCUCUAUGAAUUGUGAUCUCCUUAGUGUUGGCCGCAAAAUCAACUCAAGUACGGAUUUAUCUCCAUAUCAAUGUUGUACAUAUCUGAUUUAUUUUCUUGAC